AUGACUAUACCUGGCACUAUUAAGAGUGACAUAUGCAAGUCAGGCAUUGGGAACUGGCACUGCAAACAGGGAAAUGUCAAUAACCAACAUAAUAUUUCAGAGUUCAAUGUUGAUGCUCACGCUCGUACGGGACGCUCCGAUAUAUCGUCAGUGUGUGUCGACUGCCACGUCAUGCGUCAUGUGACCAUCCAUAGCCAAUCAAAUCAAACUCUUAAAUAUGCGGUGGUUCUGCUGCUUCAUAUCCUUGUGUGGAAGAAGGAAAGAAACGGUCCAACAAGGAUAGUUUGGGCAGCCGUGGGAUCGCCAGCUGACCUGUUCUGCAACCUGACCUCACCCAUUCCCGGCGACCCAGCGUUACUAGUCCUCUGGUACAAAAAUGGAAUCCACAAGCCCAUUUACAGCUACGACGCGAGGAACCGUCCGGCAAGCCACUGGCACAAUCCCUCACACUUCCAAGACCGCGCAGUUUUCAGCGUCGACACCGACACUCUCAUGCUGAAGAAAGCGCAGGCAGAGGACCAGGGAACCUACAGGUGUCGCGUCGAUUUCCGCACUAACCCGACCCUCACCUUCACUACCAAUCUCACUGUUAUAGUUCCGCCAAGGAGGCUCACCGUCUAUACAGACAUGAACGUCGAGGCGAGGAGGUCCGUCGGCCCUUACCUGGAGGGGGAGACCUUGAGACUCACCUGCAAGGCCUUUGGAGGAUCGCCGCCCCCGAGAGUCACCUGGUGGGAAGGGGCGUUGCUCUUGGACAUGACGCCCGAAGUGGAAACUCUAGACGAAGUAUCUAACACGCUGGUGGUCCCGUCCCUUUCCCGGCGGGACCUGAACCGGGCCCUGACUUGCCACGCCCAGAACUCCAACCUGACGGAGCCCCUGACCACGACGCUCAUCCUCGACAUGAACUGUGAGUAUGGGCGGCCCGUGGGAGUUGGUUUUGAGAGAGAAGUUUCCCUCAACUCGCUUUCUCCAGCCUACAACACUUUCCCCCCACAGUUUCUCCAACCCACACCACUUUUCCCCAACAUUCCCCCUUUGUGGGCCCGCUUCGAGAGAAUGCUCGAGUCUCUGAGUGCCAACGUAGCUUACUCGAUCGUGUGCGAGAGUGCCGGCUCUCGACCUCCGCCGCUCAUCACGUGGCGCCUUCAAGACACUAUACUCACCACACACACUGAGACGACGAGCCACGAGGGAAACUUGACAACCAGUGAGUUAAAAUGGACACCCACUGUAGGGGAUGUGGGGAAAGUGCUGUCAUGUCAGGCCGAGAGUGAGAAGAUCGCUUACCCUCCUCUGAUUGUGGAGUGGCAUCUUGAUAUCCACUAUACGCCCAUCACGAUCCUGAAGCCGGGGAAAUCACUCAAUCUAAGCAACAUUGAAGAAGGAGAUGACGUCUAUUUCGAGUGCUCCAUCCAGGCCAAUCCUUGGGUUUACAAGAUCAUUUGGCUGCAUGAGCUCCGCGAGCUGCACCACAACGUGUCCGCGGGCGUGAUCAUCAGCAACCAGAGCCUCGUCCUGCAGCGGGUGACGCGAGCGGCCACGGGCAACUACUACUGCGUCGCCUCCAACGUCGAGGGGGACGGCAAGUCGAACCCCAUCCUUCUGCGUGUUAAGUAUUCCCCCGUCUGUCGCAAUGAACAAAUGACGUACCACGGCGCCGCACGGUAUGAACAGGUGAACAUUCCUUGCGAGUUGGAUGCGUUCCCGGAACCUCACUCUUUUCGAUGGACGUUCAACAACAGCGGUGAAAGCGUCGAGAUCCCGCAAACAAAGAUACACAGAUUAGGUUCUCGGUCGACGGUGAGCUACACACCCAACACAGAACUGGACUACGGCACGUUGCUCUGCUGGGGGACUAAUUCUGUAGGAUUGCAACGUCACCCUUGCGUCUUCCAUGUGUUUCCUGCGGGUCGACCUGAUCCCGUGCACAACUGCUCCGGCUUUAACCUCUCCGAAACGGUAGUGAAUGUGCGCUGUGUGGCUGGCUUUGAUGGCGGCCUCCCACAGACUUUCGUCCUCGAGCUGUACGAACCUCACACCAACAUCCUCGUGGCCAAUGCUACAAGUAUGGUGCCGAGGUUCGUAGUUGGCGGCUUGCAACAUGGCAUGACCUUCACAGCCGUCGUGUACUCAAGCAACGGCAAAGGGCGUGGUGAGAUGGUGUCCUUCAAGGUGUACACUCUUAAAGACGUGGCUGAGAAGCGUACAGCCGCCGUCAAGCCUCCGCCCACGAGGGGGAGCAACUCGGAGCAGCUGCAGGCGGGCGGCAUCAUCGCCGUGGUGCUGGGCGCGCUGGGCGGCCUGCUGGUGGUGGCCAUCCUCAUCUGCGCCGUGGUGAGGGUGCGCUAUUUGCGGCGCGAGGAGAGGCGGAGGCGCGUUUGCGGGCGCGCGGGCGUGAGGGACACGGUGGUGAGCGGCCAGGACGACGGCGGGGGGGCGUGCCAAGCCAAGACGACGGCGACGGGGGCGGUCAAGGAGUUCCCCCCGCCCCCCGCCUCCCCCAGGGACGCCGACGAGAAGAACCCGGACGUCAUCCCUCUGUCAGAUUCGGACUCGUGGAACAUGGAGGUUGUCAACACUAUUAGCACAGCGUCAUUACCUUCUACUUACGUAACGCUACCCAGAUCGUCCCGGGGUUGUAGCCAUGACAACUACCAGGAUUAUACUUGUUCACCCAAAAUACGGUAUACUGAAAAGCUUCCUUAUUUCGCAAGAAAUGGCCAAAAGACUCGCCAUUCUAGAGUAACAGCGAUGGCGCAUCGUAUAAAAGUUAUAUGCUGUGUGUCGCGUGGACCCAGUCAGGAACCCUGUAUGCGAAGUGCUCCUCAGGCCUGUGGGAGUACGGACGUCCAGUACGCGGAACUGCUUUUAAGCGGGGCUGUUGCCACGCCGGGCCCCCACCCCCGCAACCCCCGCCACGUCGUGUACGCCACGCUGGACGCCAAGAGCCAGCACGCCCACUUCCCGCCCCAGCACAGCCAGCCAGCUUACCCACGCCCAGUCUCCGCCACCAACACGCCCACCCAUGUGCUCCACCACCAACACCCGCCCAACACGCACGCUCUGUGCCAACCCUUAGUGGGCGGCGGGGAGGUGCACCACCACCCCCAGCAACACCAUCCGGUCCCUGCACCACACCCACAGGGGAGCCACUGUCCCUGGACGACGGCCACGGCGACGCUGCCCCGACGACACUCCCUCAGGAGAGAUCCGACCCCCCGCGACGCCGAGGACAGCGUCCCGCUCAUGACCUCGCAGAAGGAGAGCUCGGUGUGA